GUUGCACUAAGUCGUCCCUCCUCUGAGCCUUCUCUCCUCCUGCCAGCACCGUAGCUCCGCUCUGCCAACUUCUCCUCAGCGUUACACAAAGACAGUCAUUAGUCACCAUCAUGUCUGCUGGAAAUGCUCAGAUUGGCAAGCCCGCCCCCAACUUCAAAUCCACAGCUGUAGUGGAUGGACAGUUCAAGGACAUCCAGCUGUCAGAUUACAAAGGGAAGUAUGUGAUCUUCUUCUUCUACCCCCUGGACUUCACAUUUGUGUGCCCCACUGAGAUUAUUGCUUUCAGCGACAGGGCAGAGGAGUUCCGCAAGAUCGGCUGCGAGGUUAUCGGCUGCUCCAUCGACUCUCACUUCAGUCACCUGGCCUGGAUCAACACACCAAGGAAGCAGGGAGGUCUGGGUAGCAUGAAGAUCCCCCUGUUAGCUGACCUCACCAAGACAAUCUCCAGAGACUACGGUGUAUUGAAGGAGGAUGAUGGCAUUGCAUACAGAGGUCUGUUCGUGAUUGACGACAAGGGCAUUUUGAGGCAGAUCACCAUCAAUGACUUGCCUGUUGGUCGCUCCGUGGACGAGACUCUGCGCCUGGUGCAGGCCUUCCAGCACACUGACAAACACGGCGAGGUGUGCCCUGCUGGCUGGAGACCAGGCAGUGACACCAUCAUCCCCGACGUUGAGAAGAGCAAAGCUUUUUUCUCCAAGCAGUAAAUGUGAAGGUCUCCAAGCUGACUUCCUAUCUGUAGCACUUGCCUUCAGAUGAGAGGUGUCCCAGUGAAACAGUACCUCAUGGCAUCUAAUCUAUUAAACCCAACAAAUAUUUCAGUUGUUAGAUUAAAAAAAAAUCCUUUUGUUGCAAAUCUUGUCUUCUCAUGUCUGGUGUACAAUUGGUGGGACAACCUCAUAGUCUCAAGCACUGAAAGUUAUGUUUUGUUCCUUUUUUUCCAGAAAAAAGUAUUGAUUUUUCCUUGUCAUUAAUAAUUCACGUUGCCAUCAUUAUUAAAACAGUGGGAAAAUUAUUA